AUGGCGCAACCUUCAGGGCUGAUUGCAAAGUCGGGUAUCGAGCUCUUGACAUUCGGGACACCAAAUGGCGUCAAGAUCUCAAUCCUCCUGGAGGAGCUCAAGGAAGCUUACGGCAAGGACUAUACGUACCAAGCCAUCAACAUCCUGAAGGACACGCAGAAGCAGCCGUGGUACACGUCGCUUAACCCCAAUGGUCGCAUUCCCACCAUCGUUGACCACGACCGCGGUGGCUUUGUGGUCUUCGAAGGGCUCGCUAUCCUCGCAUACCUGACGCGCCACUACGAUCCUGAGUAUAAGUUCAGCUUUCCUCCUGACUCGGACGACUAUUCGGUCUGUGAGCAGUGGACGGCGUGGCAGCACGGUGGUAUCGGGCCCAUGCAUGGCCAGGCAGUCUUUUUCGUUCACAUCGCCAAAGAAAAGGACAACUUUGCCAUUCAACGCUAUGUCGGUGAGUCAGAGCGGCUCUACGGCAUCCUGGAUGCUCGUCUCCAAGACCGUGACUGGGUAGCCGGGCCCGGCCGCGGCAAGUUUUCCAUAGCAGACAUCUCGCUGGCCGGGUGGGCGAACCUCAUCCUGUAUGCCCACAUCGAUCUUUCCAAGUUUCCCAACGUCGAAGCCUGGCUCGAGCGCCUCUACGCGCGGCCGGCCCUGCAGCGGGGCCUCGCCGUCCCCAGUGGCACCACCCCGUUGGUGGGCAACCAGACACUCAAGAAAAGGCUUGUCGAGGACGAAGAGUUCAGAGCAAAGCAUCUGGAGAGUGAGAAGAUUGUUCAUCAGGCGCAGGCGCAGUAUCAUUACAAGUACGCAUCGCCUUGA